AUGACUGGAUCCGUAUGUUCUUCAAAUGCUAAUUCACUGAAGAAGCUGUCACAUUGCAAAACGACUCAAUGGAUUAAAUAUUUAAAGCUAUUUGUUUGUACCUUUGACACUGCUAGUUGUCAAGGUUUAAUAACCACCGUCUAUUUGAACAUUUCAACUGUUACUGUUAGUCGUCACGAAGAUGGUCCUUUCCACUAUAUACUGGAACAAAAAUCAUUUCGAAGAAUUUCCAGAGUUUCUGAAAGCAAAAUGAUAAUCCGGAAACCAAAAAUGAUUACAUUUCAAAGAUCUAUACCUUUGUAUAUAAUACUCCUUUUGUUUGGAAUUGCUUUAUCUUAUUAUAUUUUAAUUGGAGUUUAUACCGUAAUUGAACCUGAUACGAAUAGUAUUAGGAAAACACCCCAACAAAUUGUAUUUAUUGGAGGUUAUCCAAGAAGUGGCACUACUCUUAUGCGUGUCUUGUUAGAUGUACAUCCAAUGAUUCGAUGCGGUCCUGAAACUAGAGUAAUACCCAAGAUCCUCAACUUACGAAGUCAGUGGAGUAGAGGAAAAGAAAGUGAACGACUUACAGCUGCUGGUCUAUAUCCCGUUGCAGUCGAUUCUGCUGUGCGGUCAUUUAUAUUGUCUUUAAUCAAAAAUGCUGGAGAAAAUGCACUUGUUCUGUGUAAUAAAGAUCCACUAUCAUUUAUUCAUCUUGAAUAUUUGGCAGAAAUAUUUCCUGAGGCGAAAUUCGUUCACAUGGUACGUGAUGGACGUGCUGUGAUUAAUUCACUAGUCAAACGAAAUGUUACCAUCAAAGGAGCACCUAAACUUAUAGAUGAAAAAUUUUUUGCAUGGGAAAAUCGAGUAAAUCAGAUUUUAAAAUCAUGUACAGCUAUCGGACCCAAACGAUGCACAACAAUCAAAUAUGAAUCAUUGGUACUCAGACCGAGAGAAGUUCUGGGUGAACUGUUUGAAUUCCUCGAAUUACCAUGGGAUCCAAUCGUUCUUAACCAUCAAACGGCCAUGAGUCAAAGCUCUCUAAGCAAACUCGAACCGAGCACUUCACAGGUUGUUCAUCCAAUACACUUGGCUGCCCUAACUUCAUGGGCUUCAAAUGAAUCGGUGUUGCCCGAAUCCUUCAUCUCAUCAAUACACCGAGGAAGUGAUGUACUGAAAACACUUGGUUACGCUGAUUUGGGUGUACCACCACAUUACGGUACUCCAGAAAACCAGGUCGUCAAUAUAACUAGUUACCUGAUCAAUGAUCCACAAUUUAGACAAAUAUUCUAA